AUUAGAGAACAAGUAUAAAUUUUGUAAAAUAUAAGAAUACAAACAGCAAGAGACAAACCAUUCAUAUACUUAGUACAUUUGUUUAUAAGAAACUGACAAAUCUAUACCGAACAUUAAUUUGUUUUUAAAAAUUAAAUUUUAUAAAUCAACCCGAAACGGGAAUAAAGAUUCGAUUAUAAACAGACUCGAACAAAAAAAAUCCAAUUUUCCGGUCCUAAACUAAUUUCCUCGGAUGCUGGGACUUUCAAGACGCUUCCACAGUAGUUUACCCCCGAUGAACUUAUCGAGCUUGUUACCAUCACCGUCAAUUAAGCUCUUGAGAAAUGAAGAUCAUAGAGAUCCAAGAUUAUCACCUGAGAGAUACACCGAGAGCUCGCCUAUACAACCAUCUCCACAGCCAAUCGAAAAGCAAAAAGCGGGUCAUUUCACCGCCAUCACCAAACCAGAAAGUCUCCAAACUUGUAAGAAAAGUCAAUCAACUGUUGAAAGUUCUCAAAUGCAAUAAAUAAAGUUAUAGCUGAAGAUAUAUCCUAAGUCAAAUUAAAUAUUGUUUUUGUCACAGCUACACAUGAAAAGAUAAUUUUUAAAAAUUCACGAUUCAAUAAUGUAUAGGGAUGAUCAUAUUGUUUGACAAAACGUGCUAUGGGAAUGGGCAAUGAAUAUGGUUGACUAAAGAGCCCCUUCAAACCUUGCCGAUCGGAUCUUUCUCUAUGGAGGCAGCUUGUCAACUUGAAAUAUUGACGCGGUGGUGAGACUAAUCUGAGAAUCGCAGUUAUCCGGCAGAGUAAAUUAUCUGUUGGGUGGAAAUGGCGGCUUCAUCUGCGACGUUAUACUUUGGGUUUCUAAUUGCUUCCAUCACUUUGUGGAUGAUCUUCAGGUGAGUCCUCUUUGGUUCUUGUUUUUAAAUAAAAUUUUUGUUCUAGCUUGAACUACGGGGUUAAUCCUAACUCUACUAUGAAUCAAGUCCAAAUCAGUUCAAUAUGUUACUACACUAGAUUGGUGAUAACUGAAUUGACUUAUCCAUCUUUAUCUUAUAUAUUGAAACUUUAUCUCUGAUAGAUUUUUCGAGAUGAUGGCUCUUUGAACAUCAAUAUCAAAAUGGAUCAGAUUAGACUAUAUAAAUAUAUGUUAAAUUAGAUGAGUUUUUAACCUUAACUCAAUUGGUGAUACUGAUAACUAGAGUGAUACAUAUAUCACUUAAGAUUCUUUUUAACUUUUCAAUGUGGGAGACUUUGUCUCCUAAACAAACAACAUGGAUCCACAUUUUUGAUUCAAUAGUUUUUCUUCCUAUUGCUUCUUGUCCAAAUUGAUGAUUACGUGUGUUUACUUUAAUUAUAUGUUAUAUGCUGCACUUUUCUUUUUCUUCUUUAUGUAAUCUAUUUGAUCUAGUAGUACGGUGGUAGCUUAUAUUUAAAUCUUAUUCCAGCCUUUGUUCCAGGUUGUUUACAUGGAUGCUCAGUCGAGUGCUUGGAAUGUCUGUUAGGUUCCGUGUUAGCAGUAGGAAAUGCCUGCGGGAUGUCGUGGUGAUGUCUGAAACGGUGAGAACAUUCUACAAACUUCUUACUGCUUAGUCGUCAAUGGAGAAAAGAUUGUACAAAGCUUUUAGUGGCAAGUCGUUUGUCCUUUUUGUACACUAUCUACAGUAAAAUGCUAAUAACUUAUUAAACAAUCUUGUUACAUCGUUUUUUUUAAAUUGUUUGCAUUUCUACUGGGACAAUAGUUCUUUGCUAUUUUGAUAUUAUUUUUUUGAUGAAAAGGUAUAUUAUCAGAACUUGAUUUGCUGCUGGUUUGAGCGUUUUACAGGGUGCCUUUGAGUCAUCGUCCGCUGAUGAAAUUAAAUUUGGUGUUGCUUUUCUUUCUGGAGAGCUAUGUAUUAAAGUGAUGAUAUAUGAUCUUGAUGUUGUGAUGAGAUCCUCUGGUGCUUUAUCUUGUGACAAACUCACUCUCUGUUUCCAACUUGGAUAUGACAGGUUUCCUUCAGCUUACCCAAACUAGAUGUCAGAUGUGUGAAUCGAAAACAUGAUCUGUUUGCUGUGAAUAACGUCACGGCAAUUAUCUUGAGGAGCAUUAAAUCGAAGUCUGUUGAAGAUUCAGGGGAUAUUACACGUCUUAACGUUCAGAUGGAACUCAAUGAGAUUCAUCUCUUUAGAGAAGCUGAAUCCUCUAUAUUAGAGAUUAUUAAAGUUGAUGUGGUGUCUUUGAUCGAGAUCCCUUUUCAGCCGGUUCUGCCUAUUAAUGCUAACCUUGAAAUAGAGCUAGGAGGUACCCAAUGCAAUCUAUUCAUUUCUAGGCUGGAGCCAUGGUUGAGCCUUCUUUUCCCGGAGAAGAGAACCCUCGUGGUUCAAGAGGAAAUCUGCACUCGAGAGAAAUUGAAAGCUGCCGAUAUGAAAACAAUUAUGUGGACAUGCACAUUUUCAGCCCCUGAGAUGACUAUGUUAUGUGGUAUCGAUGAUUUGCCUUUGUAUCAUUUUUAUUCGCAGUCAUCACAUGUGUUUGCAAAUAACAUUUCAAGUAUGGACACAGCCAUCGAUGUUGAACUUGGUGAACUGAAUUUGCAUUUGGCAGAUGAGUGCCAACAAUGCUAUAAAGAAAACAUUCUCGGAACAGAGCCAAACUCUGGUUUGUUGAUGCAUAUAGAAAAGAUUAGCUUGAACUGGGCAAGACGAGAUUGCAGAAACGACUUAGUGCUCUCUGUAAACGUGACCACAAUGAGCAUCUAUUUAUCAUACAAGCGCGUCGAAUCUCUUAUAACAAAUGCUGUCUCCUUGGAAGCUCGCUUUAAGAAGUUAACUGUUUCAGGCGAAAAGACGAAUAAGACUGGAGGAGUGGAACUAUCCCAUGCAACUGAGAAAGAAACUAGGCUUGCGAACCUUACUCUUACACGUUUCAUUGUAAAUUUCUGUGAUGCUACAGGAUUGGAUAAUACAGUUACAGACUCGGUCUCUCUUGAAGUAACAGGGUUUAGCUAUUCUCUCAACAAGGAUAAACACUCAACCGAAAUGGAAUUUUUAGGAGGGAAAGCCAUCUACCAGCUCUAUAUACCUUGUUCGAAGGUUACAUUGUUUGAUAUGCACAACGCCAAGCUUACACGUCUAUCUGGUGGGCUUGACAUUAAUUUUCUUUUAAGUGCGGCUGAUAUAUCGCUGGGUUGGGAACCGGACGUGCAUCUAUAUUUAUAUGGACUGUAUCUGCGUUUGAGUUCAUUGGCAUAUGCACAAAAUGCUGAAGAACAUGAAUGCGCGGCCGGUUCGGUUGACGUGGAGACGACGGAAAGGAAAUCGAUCUUUGCUAUUGAUGUGGAAAUGUUGGCGAUAUCAGCUGCGCUAGGAGAUGGUGUGGAGGUCAAAUUUAAUGCUCUAUCAAUUUUUACUGAGAAUGCUUUCAUAGGAAUGCUUGUUGAAGAGCUUAUGCUUGCUUUGAACGGAUCUCGAGUACUGAAAACAACAAGAAUGCAACUAUCAAGAAUCCCUACCGUCUCUUUGGAUUUGUCUGAUGAUAUAGUCCCUGUGAGGAGGACAAGUGGUCCUUGGGACUGGGUAGUACAAGGACUCGAUGUCAAUAUUUGCAUGCCAUGCAAACUACAGUUGCGCGUCAUAGCUGAUUCCAUUGAAGAGAAGUUGCGAGACUUGAAGCUUAUAACUGAACCUGAAGAAGAAAGCUUGGAGCCUAAGAAUUCAAGUUCAGGUUUUGGCCGGUUAAGAUUUUGCAUAGGAAGGCUAAACGCAUAUAUUGAGGAAGAACCUAUCCAGGGUUGGCUUGAUGAACACUAUCUGCUGCUGAAGAAAGAAGCAUGUGAGUUGGCUGUAAGAUUGAAGUUUCUUGAAGAUUUUAUACACAAAGCAAGUCAUAAAGGUGCAGAAACAAGUGAAAGAAAAAUAGUUUUUGAUGGGGAUGAAAUUGAUGUCCAUGAUCCUUUAGCUAUUAGCAAAGUGAAGGAAGAGAUUCAGAAACGGUCGUUUCGAUCAUAUUAUCAAGCAUGCCAGGGUUUAGUUCCCUCGGAGGGUUCAGGUGCUUGUAGGGAGGGAUUCCAGGCAGGUUUUAAGUCAAGUGCUGCUAGAAACUCUCUUCUUUCGGUUUGCGCCACAGACUUUGAUUUAAACUUGACGGCAGUUCGUGGCGGUGAUAGUGAUGCUGGGUUGAUGCAAAUCUUGAGAAAGCUUGAUCCUAGUUGUAAAGAAAUAAGUGGAAGCAAGGUUAAUCUGAAAACUGGAAGCUUGGUGGUUAAGUUAAGAAAUUACACACUUCCUCUUCUCUCUGCCAGUUCUUGCAAAUGUGAAGGUCCCAUUGUUCAACAGGCGAUGAGUUCUCAGCCAAAAAUGAAGACACACUCGGAUUUGCGCAUUUGCUUUGAACAAGGAGAAGUUUCUUUUGGAGUUGGAUACGAACCAGCUUUUGCAGACAUUAGCUAUGCCUUCACAGUGGCUCUGAGUCCAUGUGCCCCACAGGUUUCCAACGAGGAACAAAUCUUACCUUGGUGGGAUAAUAUGAGAAACAACGUUCAUUGCAAUAUCACUUUAUCUUUUUCUGAAUCGUCCAAGUGGAAUGUUCUCGCUACAACAGAUCCAUAUGAGAGUCAAGAUAAACUCCAAAUAGUGACCGGUCCUAUCGAAUUUAAGCAGUCAGAUGGUCGUGUGGUUGUUAAUGCUAAAGACUUUAAGAUAAAGUUGAGGAGUCGACACUCUCUAAAUGUUCCAGCUGGCGGCAACUCUGGAGCUGCGUUUUUCGAAGCCCCGCUGUUUAAUAUCCAAGUUACAAUGGACUGGGAAUGCGAGCCUGGGAGUUCUUUGAAUGUUCUUGAUCCGCUGAGAUCAGCAUCGCUCUCGCUUCGAUGCAAUUUAUCCCUUAGAGCCAGUGACAAGAAUGAGAGCAUGUCUCCUUCAUCACCAACAAUUAAUCUUGGAGCACAAGAUUUGGCAUGGAUACUCAAGUGCUGCAGUUUGUAUAGUGAUCCUCCGCACAUGUUACGUUCUUUCUCCGGAAGGACUAGGUUUGGAGUCCCAAGAGUUGUCCUAGUAGCUGAAGACUUAUCUCUAGAUCAGGUGAUCACGGAGUUUAUGGUCCGUGUAGAUGCCACUCCUUUUCUAAUAAACUACGUGCCUAGUGACCUUGAUGACCCUGCCAAAGGAUUGAUUUUUGAUAUUAAAGAGCUAAAAUACGAAUUAUGCUACAGUCGCGGGAAGCAAAAUUAUACAUUAGAGUGUAAGCGGGAUGCACUUGACCUUGUAUAUCAAGGUCUUGAUGUUCAUGUGCCUAAGGUUUUUAUUAACAAAGAUAAACACAAGGGGGAUGAAAAGAAUCGUGAUGAAGGGUUUCUAUUGUCUUGUGAUUAUUGUACUAUUAGAAGACAGGCUCCAAAAGCUGAUAUUGAAAGACUAUCGGCAUGGCAGGAGGCUGGAAGAAAAAAUCUUCAGGUUACAUAUCUGCGGUCAGAGUCUGCAAAUAGAAACGAGAGUGAUGAAGAUCUACAAUCAGAUCCUAGUGAUGAUGAUGGAUACAAUAUAGUCCUUUCUGACAACUGUCAGCGGGUCUUUGUUUAUGGUCUCAAACUCUUGUGGACGAUAGAGAAUAGGGAUGCUGUUUUCUCUUUUGUUAGCGGAAUAUCGAAGGGGUUCGAACCUUCUCCUUCUCGUCAGUAUACGCAUAGCAAGAUUCUUGAAGGAAACCAAAAAAAUCAAGACGAAACUUCAAUAUAUUCUGCAAGCUCAGGAGAAAGCCGAACAAUUGAUAAAGUUGAGACCAGCGGAUCUCAUGAAGAAGGCAUUAGUCACUUCAUGGUGAAUGUCAUUGAGCCACAGUUUAAUCUUCACUCAGAGGAGGGUAAAGGUCGCUUUCUGCUGGCUGCCGCUAGUGGUCGUGUUAUAGCACGAUCAUUUAAAUCUAUUAUGCGUGUUGACGAAGAAGUAAUCGUGCAGUUUCUUGGCACAACAAGUUUACAGAGUCCAAAACGUAUUCCUGAAAUGACGUGGACACGAUUGGAAAUUUCUGUGAUGUUAGAGCAUGUGCAGGCCCAUGUUGCUCUCACUGAUGUUGACCCAGGUGCUGGGGUGCAGUGGCUCCCAAAUAUUCGAAGAAACUCACCAAAACUGAAGCGUACUGGGGCUCUACUUGAAAAGGUUUUCAUGCCUUGUGACAUGUACUUGCGGUAUACCAAACACGAAGGUCUAUCCUCGGAUCUGAAGAUAAAACCAUUCGAAGAGAUUACUUUUAAUUCGCGGAAUAUAAAAGCUACAAUGACAUCUCGACAGUUCCAAGUUAUGAUGGACGUUUUGACCAUCCUUCUCUUUCCUCCAAAGCCUCGCAAAAGUAGUCUCCAUUUUCCAACUGAAGAUGAUGACGCUGUUGAUGAAGUAAUUCCGUACGGAAAUGAAGAAGUAGAAAUUGCAAAAAUCAACCUUAAAGAGAAAGAAUGGGAGCAAAAGUUGCUUCUUGUUGAUAUUCAAAUAUUGUCUCAUUAUUCCGGUAAUAUGGAAGACACGCAUGUGGAGAAAGAAGGUGACUCGUGGAUGAUUAGUUCCAGAAAAUCCAUACUGGUGGAAAGACUAAAGAAAGAGCUCUUAUAUGUACAGAAGUCUAGAAAGAUGGCUUCUGCAUCUUUAAGAAGUGCGCAGCAGAAGUCUGCAAAUCUGCAACUGAUGGAGAAGAACAAAAGUGCACCAUAUGCUAUGCGCAUUUCCUUGGAAAUUAAUAGGGUUGUUUGGUGCAUGGUUGUAGAUGGUAGAGCCUUUGCUGAAGCAGAUAUAAAUAACAUGAUUUAUGACUUUGAACGAGAUUACAAAGGCAUUGGUGUUGCUCGAUUCACCACCAAGUUCUUUGUUGUUAGGAACUGUCUGUGUAAUGCAACUUCGGAUAUGAUUUUAUCAGCAUGGAAUCCUCCAUCCGAGUGGGGAAAGCAAUUCAUGCUACGUGUGGAUGCAAAGCAGGGAACACCAAAAGAUGGAAAUCAUCUUGAACUUUUUCAUGUGGAGAUUUACCCUCUCAGAAUCCAUUUGUCAGAGACAAUGUACAAAAUGAUGUGGGAUUACUUCUUCCCAGAGGAAGAGCAGAAUUCACAAAGGCGACAGGAAGUUUUGAAAGUUUCGACAACAGCUGGUUCAAAACGUGUAAAGAGACAGUUAGCAAGUCAUGAAUCUUCUAGCUCUUCUGCUGCAGUACAGUCACAAAGCAAUGUUGACUGUGCUCAAAAAUCCAAUAUUCUAGACGUUAGGUCUACCGCUGGUGUUUCAGCUGAUCAGGAAUUGAGACGAACGUCUUCUUUCGACAGAACUUGGGAAGAAAGUGUGGCAGAAUCUGUAGCUAAUGAACUUCUUCUACACUCUUAUAAUAGCCCUGUCUCAUCUUCCAAUGACCAAAAAGGGGAGUCCUCUAGACAGAUGAAUCUCAAAAACGCAAAAACUGACAAGCCUCGCAGCUCUUCUAGCAGAGAAAAGAAGGCUAGAAAAAAACAAGUGGAGAUGAUAAAGAUUUCCAAUAUUAAAAUAAGACAGGUGGAACUUCUAGUUACCUAUGAGGGAUCAAGACUGGUUGUAAACGAGCUGAUACUGUUGAUGGAUACAUUUGCUCGUGAUGAAUUUGCUGGGACCUGGAGGGGACUUUUUGCUCGUGUUAAAAAACACAUAACAUGUGGAGUACUGAAGUCUGUUAUUGGAAUACAGGGGAAGAAAUUUUCAUACAAAUCACAAAAGAAUGCCCAGUUUACUGACGAUGACCUUAAACUAAGUAACAAUGAUGAAAGUGUUACAUGGAUAAAAAAAGAUGAAAGCGGUGGAGCUGGGGAUAAUUUUGUAACUUCUGUUCGAGGACUCUUCAAUACCCAGAGACGCAAGGCGAAAGCAUUUGUCAUAAGAACUAUGAGGGCUGAAGCAGAAAAUGACUUCAACGGGGAGUGGAGUGACAGUGAUGUUGAAUUUUCUCCUUUUGCCAGGCAGUUAACUAUAACAAAAGCGAAGAGGCUCAUCAGACGGCAUACUAAGAAAUUUCGUCCAAGUUCUAAAAGAGGUUUAACGUCCCAACAAAGAGAGGCACUUCCAUUAUCUGUAAAAGAUUUUGAGACCGAUGCAUCUGAAAGUUCUUAUUCAAGCGAAUCUUCACCGUACGAAGAAUUUUCCGGAUAAAAAUCAUUUUGUCCAGACAUUGAAAAGAAUAGAUGUACCCUAAGCCAGUGCUGCCAAGUGACAAGUUUCAUUUGUAACAAAAUAUUAUAAAAGAGAAGAUUUAGACAACAAAAGAAGGGAAAGUUGCUUGGAUAUCUUGUGCAUAUGACUUAGUUUUGGUUUCUGAUCAUGCUUUGUCAUUGGUUUCUUUUGCUUUGUUUUGUGCGGAGAAAGCUUUCGUUUCUUUCAGCUGAUGUCUCAAGGGGAAGUUAUUGUGGGAGCCAAACAACCAAAUUUGUAAAAAGUAACUUUUCGGGGAAACAAAGUUUCUAAGUUUAAUCAUAUACAAACACGAAAAAGAAAAACAACAAAGAUGAAUAAGUUGCUA